AUGCUAAACAUAGAACAACAAGCAAUUGUCAAAGACGUUGCCAUUAAAAAGAUGAAAAACAUGCAAAUGCCAUUGCAUUUAUUCCUCACUGGUGGAGCAGGAACUGGAAAGACAUUCACAGCAAAAGCCAUCUACCAAACACUUCUCCGCCUUUACAGUGCUUCCAUUGACAAUGAUCCAGACAAACCAAAAGGACUAAUCAUUGCAUAUACAGGAAAAGCAACAUUCAAUGUUGGUGGAACUACACUACAUUCAGCAUUUCACAUACCUUUUAACAAAUCAAACUUUGUACCGCUUAGCAAUGAGACUCUAGAUACAAUGUCAAAACACUUCAGCCAGUUACGCGUCCUGCUAAUUGAUGAAAUAUCUUUAGUUGGCUCAACAUUCCUCCGUUACGUAGACAAACGUUUACGUGAUAUAAUGCAAACACCCACAACACCCUUUGGUGGGUUGGACACAAUAUUUUGUGGUGACCUCUACCAAGUACUACCAGUACUUGACUCCAUUGUCUUUGAAAACAAACCAACUUCUACAGAAUUGCUGCCAUACAAUUUCUGGAUAGACAAUGUCAAGUGCUACCCACUAACAAAAACAAUGCAACAAAAAGACGAAACUUUCAUCUCUAUCUUAAACAAAAUGCGCGUUGCUGCACAAACAAGUGAUGUCAUUGACUAUCUUAAUCAACAUUGCUUAAAGGAACCACCAGUUGACCCAACACUACCUCACCUCUUCUAUAGACAAGCUGACGUAGACAAGCACAAUAAUAAAAUGCUAACAAAACUUCCAGGAGACACAAUUGUCCUCCAUGCAUUGGAUGAGCAAAAAACCAAUAUAGACACAAUUCGUUUGUAUGACCACACAACUACUUUGCCUCCCCAAAUUCACGUCAAACUAAAUAUACUAGUUGAAAUAUAUGCUGGCAAUUACAAUACUCAAGAUGACCUUGUCAAUGGAUUUGAUGGAAUCUUCAAAAUAUAUACAAAACACAAUGACAUUGACAUCAUUUGGAUUCAUUUCAAUGACUCAACAGUAGGAAUACAACGACGCAAAAAACUUGCACCCUAUUACAAUCCCACUAUUCAAACAAACUGGACUCCAAUACUCCGUAUAACUAAAGCAAUACAAAAACUAAAUAGACGACCACACACUACAAUAAGGAAACAGUUUCCCAUUCAAGUUUCAUGUGCACGUACUAUGCAUCGAUCACAAGGACUUACAAUGGAUGCUAUGGCAUUUGACCCCACUGGCAUUAAACAACAUGGCUUAGCAUACACAACAUUAUCACGAACUAAAACACUUGAUAAAUUAUCCCUGCUACACCCAUUGACUCCAACAAAUUUUAAAGUAAAAAAAAAAAGUGCACAUAGAAAUGUUGCGUCUACUUUCAACUGCACAAUGGAAUAUUGA